AGUUUGUCACUUGCAGGCUCACUCAUCCACGCUCGUUUUGUGCAGAAAGUGAAGGCUCUCGGGGCUCUGUUCGACCUGGUCUACAUCUGACACCGUCCACUGUAACCCGUCUCACACUUUCUCACCACAACACAAAUAUACACAAACCUAUAUAAUCUUACUUGACAAUGUCACCUAAAUCCACCCCCGUGCUCAUCGUCGGCGCUGGCGUCUUCGGCCUAAGCCUCGCUCAUGAGCUCGCCGCCAAUAGGGGCUACACCUCCGUCACGAUCCUCGACCGCUUCCUACCGCCCGUCCCGGACGGUAGCUCCGUCGACGUCUCACGCAUCAUCCGCACCGAGUACGCAGACCCGCUGUACUCGUCCCUGGCGGCCGACGCACUCCAAGGCUGGCGCACCUCCGAGGUGUACAGGCCGCACUACCAUGAGUCCGGCUUCGUCAUGAUGGCCGACGAGAGGGAGCGCCCAAGCCCGUACUUUGAAAAGUACCGCCAGUGGAAAACGGCCCAGGAUAGAGAGAGGCCGCUGGAGUUCUUCGAGCCGCCGCACGCCGACGAUGAGGUCAAGAGGCUGUACAGGGGCGUGCAAGCGGACCUGCGGGAGUUCGCGGCCACGCACAAUAGGGCGGGCGGAUGGGCCGACGCGGCGGGCGCCAUCCGCACGUUGGCGGGCCGGUGCACCCUCGCGGGGGUCUCGUUCGUCACGGGCGCCCAGGGGACGGUCGUGUCGCUGCUGCGGCGGCAGGGGGCGGGGGGGGAAGAGCGGGUGACGGGCGUGCGGACGGCGGCGGGGACGACGCUGGAGGCGGAGAGGGUCGUGCUCGCGACGGGCGCGUGGACGAAUCGUGUGGUGCCGGGCGUCAGCCACGCGGUCGCGGCGUCGGCGCAGCCGGUGGGGUUCAUCCGGCUGUCGGACGACGAGGCCGAAAGGGUGAGGGACAUGCCGGUCAUGGUGAACAUGAGCACGGGCGUCUUCUGUUUCCCGCCGACGCCGGAGACGAACCUGCUCAAGGUCGCGAGGCACGGUUUCGGGUACGCGACCGAGUUCGAGGCCGAGGCGCCGACCGUGGCGAGCCACGGGCAUGAUGGUGAGGGGAACGGGAACGGGGAGGCGACGGGUGGUGGAAUGAGGAGAAAGGUGUCGAGCCCGAAGUUGGUGGGGAGCAACGCCGCGUCCGGGUUCCUGCCGCGGGACGCGGACGAGGGGCUGCGGGACGGCGUGCGGCUGUUCUUCCCCGAGUUCGCCGAGAGGGAAUGGGUCUACCGCCGGUUGUGCUGGUACACCGACACGCCCGAGGGUGACUUCGUGGUGGAUUACCACCCCGACUUGGAGGGUUUGUUUUUCGCGACCGGCGGUGCUGGACAUGCUUUCAAGUUCCUCCCGGUCAUCGGCACACACGUCGCGGACUGCUUCGAGCGCAAGGCGUCGACGGCGUUGCGGGACAAGUGGAGGCUGAGAAAGGCCGUCGGCGGGGAGACGACGUUGCGGAUGGCCGGUGACGGCAGCCGGGCUGGGCCGGCGCUGCGGAAGCUUUCGCCGCAGGAGCAGGCCAAGUUGUGAAGGAACAACGAGCCCCCCCCCCCGCCCCCCCCCCCUUUCGUCUCUACGGGCGGGGUGGGGUGAGGGGGUAGCAUAUUUCCCUUGUAGCGUGAUGGUCGCGUUUUUACUCAUGCUCGACUGCCCGCGAUGCCGAACGCCGACGCCGACAAGCGUGAGACCUCCAGGGCGAACGAACGGGCGGAAGAAGGGCAGCUGUGAGGUGCAUCAGUUGCGUGAGGACGCGAGCAGCAUUACCUUGGGCGUAUCUAAUGGAAAGAUAGGAACCAAACCUUCAUGAUGGCAAGGGUCACCGUCCAACGCGGUCAGUUUGUUCAAACAAACAGAGUUGCACGCCUUGGAAAGUAGAUGCUUGUUUGUGAUUAUCCAAUUCCUCGGGGACAUUCCUUCUUGUAGCUUGUGGUGGUUGUACCGCGAGCUUGUGAUUGUGUGAGGUGCAACCUGCACCAUAAGACGUCUGGACGACGGCUGACUGUAGCAUGCAUCAAGAGAGCUCAUUAAAAGGCAGUAGCGUGGACGAAGGGGGGUUGUGGUCGAAGACAAUUGGAACAGGUAUUUGGUUCUUC